UCCUAAGGAUGACUUGCGGGGCCCUGAUGGCACAUUCGUCCCUGAUGCCGAUACAUUUGCCAAUAGCUGGAAGGAGGCAGGAUUCCCUAGUCCCUGCUCUGAAGUGGGGUUGGCUCCAAAGUGCCCACCAGAGAAAAAAGCCCAAUACGAGUCCCAGGCUUCCUGUGGACUGCUGAAAGACCAGGAUGGGCCAUUCUCUGCUUGCCACGAGGUGACAGAGGCCCACAUCCACACGGAGAACUGCAUCCACGAUGUCUGUGCCAGUGAGGGCUCCCAGGAGAUCCUAUGUGAGGUGCUGGGAAGCUAUGCUCAGCAGUGCCAGCGCCAUGGACUCUCCAUUCAGCCCUGGAGACAUCAAGUGGGAUGUGAGAUGGCCUGUCCUACCCACAGCCACUAUGAGCUCUGUGGAUCCUCUUGCCCUAACUCUUGUGCUGAGCCCAAUCUGACUGCCAGCUGCCAGACACCUUGCCAAGAGGGCUGCCAGUGUGACCAGGGCUUCGUGCUGAGUGGCACUGACUGUGUGCCCCCAGCUCAGUGUGGCUGCACCUUGGAGGGCAGAUACUACCUGGCUGGGGAGACCUUCUGGGAAGGGGAAGACUGCCAGCGUUUCUGUCAUUGUGAUGCCUCCACCCAUGAGGUGCACUGUUCCAACUCUUCUUGUGGACCUGAGGAGGGGUGUGGUACCCUGAAGGGUACCUUGGGAUGCCACCCGCUUGUCCCCAGUACCUGCCAGAUAUUAGGACAAUCACAGUACAUCACCUUUGAUGGGAAGACUUAUGACUUCCCGGGCACCUGCAAAUACAUCUUCUCUGAGCUAUGUGGCUCCUUGGAGACCCUGCCUUUUUUCAGAGUGGAAGUCAGGAAGGAGAACGCCCUCAGUACCCCCACAUCUGUGAUCUCAGAGGUAUUUAUCCUGGUCAAUGGGACCCAGAUCCAUCUUCAGAAAGAAAACCCAGGGCCAGUCCAGGUUAAUGGGGCCACGUUCACCCUUCCGCUGAGCCUCAAUACGGGUGGCAUUCUCCUGUACCAGGAUGGGUUCCACUUAACGCUGCAGACAGACUUUGGGCUGGUGCUCACCUCUGACUUGGCCCACAGCCUCUUCCUUACCCUGCCCCCAAAUUACAUGGGCCACACUUGUGGGCUAUGUGGGAACUUCAACGGGAAUCCUCGUGAUGACUUCCAGCUACCAAAAGGCUCCCCAGCGGGGGACCCAGUGACUUACUCUGCCUCUGAACGGAAGCCGGAUGAUGGCUAUAAAGACAAUUGUGCCAAUGGCUGUGCAGCGUGCGUGGCACAGGAACAGCUUGUGCCCGCCAAGGCCCAGUGCUGGAUCCUCCAGGACCCCCAGGGGCCCUUUUCCUCCUGUCACAUGGAGAUCGACCCAGAGCCCUUUGCCUCUGCCUGUGCCAAUGACCUAUGCCUCUCCAUGGGCAGCAACCGCAUCUUAUGCCUAACCAUCCAGAUUUAUGCUGCUGCCUGUCAGCGAGCAAAUGUCACCAUCGGGGCCUGGAGGAGCCCCACCUUCUGUGCUCCCCAGUGUCCUCCCCACAGCCACUACGAGCUCUGUGCCUGCCCUCCCCACCGCUCCUGGCUGUGUCUAUGA